UCGUAUGACAUUUUUCAACGCCAGGAAUGAUAGGCUUUCUAAUAAAGAAGGAUUAUAUAUAUUGAAGAUUAUUAACGUCUCGUAUGAAAGGUUUGUGGAAAUGUUGGGCAUAUAUAAGAAAGUACAUCAAAAGCCAAAAUUUGCUUUUAUGAAUGUCUUGGUUUUUGUGUUCGUUUCCCUUCUGUAUUUUAUAUUUCGGAGUGAGUCGAUACAAAAUGUACAACGUUCGCGAAACCUAGAAAAACAUGAAAACCCGGAGUCGAGUUCUUUUCUACGACAAAUACAUUACUUCAUAUGGCCGGAAAAUAAGUUAAAAGAUAAACUGAGACAUCGAGCACUUACGUGGGAAACAACCAUGAACAACGCUAGACAACACAAACGAGUAAAGCGAUAUCCAGAUGCGAUCAUAGUGGGAGCAGAAAGAUGUGGAUCAUCAGCUUUAACUGAUUUGAUUCGUCUACAUCCACUCAUUAAAGUUGCAUCACCGAUAGAUUUGAAGUUUUUCACUGCAAAUUAUGCAAAGGGUCCACUAUACUAUAAAGAGAAAAUGCCAUGGUCAUCUCCGGAAGAGAUCGUACUUGAGUCCUCUUCAACCUAUUUCUCUUGGCCUCCAAUGGCUGUUCCAAAACGAAUUAAAAGCAUUUUGCCAAAUGUUAAAAUACUCGUGUUAUUGUGCGAUCCUGUUCAUAGAGCUAAAAUAGACUUCAUUGAAGAGGUGAAGAACCAUAGAAUCACAAAAACAUCGAAAUAUGAGAUACUCCUGGGGACAUACUUGAAAAAGUUCAGUGCCGAAAAAUUAUCAAAAUAUCGCCAAUGGGAUGAAAAAAUACAAUCAAUAUUUUUUGAUGCAUUCACGGAAGAGUACAAUUCACAUAUAAUAUCGUCGGGCAUAUAUUACCAUCAUGUUGUCAGGUGGAAGAUGGAAUUUGACUCCGAGCAUUUAAUGUUCAUUAACAGACAAGAUAUGCUUCAAAAUACCGGCAACGAAUUUGAAAAAAUUCAAAAAUUUCUUCAAAUACCAAGUCUUAUCUUCAAAGAAGAUUUCGUGAAAGAUAACGAAACUCGAACAAGUUGCUUUAAUCCUAUCUGGAUGUCACAAUCUCGGCCUCCUGAUGUUCGUUGCCCUUUGAGGACUGAAUCAAAAAUACAUUCGGAACAAUCACAGUCAUGUGUGCAAUCGCUCACACAAUUUUAUGAACCUUACAAUAGAAAAUUAUAUAAACUGCUCGGAAAUAGUUAUGGGUGGUAAAACAAACAUAAAAACUUGAUGCUCAAGUUGAUGCUUUACUAUCACGUUAAUUGUUAACAAAAGUUAGUGAUGGUCCCAGAAGGAUAUAGUAAUCCAAAGGUUUAAUAAAAUUGAUGGUUUAUAUUUUCAUUCAAUUCAUUGC